AUGGUUGCAGCGUCUUGGUUCGCCACGCACGUAUAUCCACGCCUGCGCUCUUGCCACCGCAACGGAACAGACCAUGUACAGGUUCUUAUGAGGACCACGAACGUAAUACCAAAACACCAAAUUCCAAAUAUCAAGAACAAGACGAACGGCCCCAAAGCAGCCGACAACGAAGUAAACAAACCACGGAAAAAAGGUAAACAAACCCUUCCUCGCACGGAACAACCCAACAACCCGGACAACCGCACAGCCCAAAGGACAGAUCGCCAGUGCAAGACUUCCUACAAGGGGGGGGGGGGAGAAUCCUCCCUCUUUUCGCAUAAUCCGCACAGGGCAAGGAUCCGCGUGGGAAAAAUUCCUGACUCUUCCCGCAUCGAGACCCUCACUCGACUAGACUUCCAUGGAGUUGUUGAUUGGGCUGCGCGGACCCUCCACAGUCCUCCAAGGACGUCCCACAAACAUCCCACCAACCCACAAGACCCCCACAUCCCCCCCACACCAGUCCCAAGUCCCUCCCCACACCAGUCCCCCAACCCACAGCAUCCCACAUCCCCCCCCACAGCAUCCCACAUCCCACACCCCAAGACGUCCCCAUCUACCCCAAAGACGUCCCACAGCAUCCACACCCACCAGUCCCCCAAGUCCCCCAAGCAUCCCACAUCCCCCACCAUCCCCAUCCCCACAUCCACCCCACCCAGUCCCCCAAGACGUCCCAACAGCUCAUCUCCCCACAGUCCCACCAGUCCCCCAGCAUCCACAUCCCACCGUCCCAAAGUCCCCACCAUCCACCCAUCAAGACGUCCCCACAGCAUCAUCCCACAGUCCCCCACCAGUCCCCCAGAGACGUCCCCACAGCAUCCCACAUCCCACACCAGUGUCCCCCAGACGUCCCCACAACAUCCACAACCCACACAGUCCCCCAAGACGUCCCCACAGCAUCCACAUCCCCACCAGCCCCCAAGACCCCCACAACAUCCCCCCACACCCCCCCACGUCCCCACAACAUCCCACAACCCACACCAGGCCCCAAGACGUCCCCACAGCAUCCCACAUCCCCCACCAGUCCCCCAAGACGUCCCACUCCCAUCCCACCAGUCCCCCAAGACGUCCCCACAGCAUCCCACAUUCCCCCCAGUCCCCCAAGACGUCCCACAACAUCCCAACCCACACCAGUCCCCCAAGACGUCCCCACAGCAUCCCACAUCCCCCACCAGUCCCCAAGACGUCCCCACAGCAUCCCACAACCCCACACCAGUCCCCCAAGACGUCCCCCACAGCAUCCCACAACCCACACCAGUCCCCCAAGACGUCCCCACAACAUCCCACAACCCACACCAGUCCCCCAAGACGUCCCCACAGCAUCCCACAUCCCCCACCAGUCCCCCAAGACGUCCCCACACAUUCCCACAACCCACACCAGUCCCCCAAGACGCAGCAGAGGACAAUGACACCACGAGGGAAAGGACGGGGCAAUCACUAGGACAAUCACAGUACCAGCCCAGUACCUCUGCAGAACGGCGGGAGGACUGCACGCCCUCGCCAUCUCGCCAAGCGCAUCCUCCAGUGGAAUCAAUGGGACUCACUGGUCUCCAAGAUGCGGAAAAUCAUAGGAUGAGUGAGAGCGUGGAAAGAGUGAGAGCGAGAGCGAGAGUGCGUCUCGGUUGCCUACUGGAGCGAGAUUUGUCGUUCUGCCCGUUGACAGGGGGGUGA